AUGGACCGGUUCAUGGAUGACCGUGUGACAUACGUUCCCCAGUUCCAACUAUACGAACCGCGGAAUCAGGGACUGAAACCGAAUGGAGCAAAGGUGUUCCCUCGUGCCUGCGAUGAGCACUUGCCAGAUAUGUAUCCACGACACCCUUCUCCAGGAGGAUCACAUUCAUCUCGAUCAAGCGGAUACCACAGCGACGAAAUAUAUGGCCCACAGAGUGGAUACGGACCCACACCACCUUACUCCAUGGGUUCCCCAAACGACUUCAGUCAACAAAGUCUCCCCUACCCGGAGCUUGGUGGCGGCUCAUCGGUUGCUCUCCGUGAUGUCCAGCAGUUCCAGGACGAGCAACCGGAGCAAAUCGUUCCAACAAUGGAGCGAGAUGACCUCCGCAUUGUGUAUGAGAAUCACUCAUACGAGGCCGAUGAGGAGUUCGCACGUACCCAAUACGAACAACAAUGGGUCACUCCCGACGACGACAGCUGCCGCGACGCUGAUGGCGAGUCAGUUCACCCGUGCUCCACAGACGACGCCUCCGACUCGGAGUACUCUCCGCAAGUUACCACCAGCCCUAAAGUGCGCCGCCAUAUCCCUCGGCGCAUUUCUCACCCGAACGCCACAUCCCCUAACCGCACCACACCCCGCCGUACCUCCGGCUCUGGCACCCGCAGCCACGGACGGAACUCAUCCACCAGCUCCUCCGGCGGAGUUGUGAACGGAAAGAUCAAGAAACGGGCUCACACCCGUUCGAGCUCCAAUGCAGGACACCAACGUUCCUUUCCAUGCCUCCUACACAGCUACAAGUGCGACUCCACAUUCGCUACAAAGAACGAGUGGAAACGGCAUAUCAACACCCAGCACCUACGCCUCGGUUUCUGGCGCUGUGACCACUGUUCAACAUCUCCCAAUGAAGAUGGCUCCAUGAUAUCUUACAAUGACUUCAACCGGAAAGACCUCUUUACACAGCACUUACGGAGGAUGCACUUCCCCGAGGCCCAACAAAGCCCGAACAAGAAAGGUAGCACACCAAAGUCUGAAAAUUCCGAAAAUGGCGUGGCCGUCGCAGACGAAGCCGAAGCACAAAUCGCGAAGUCCCAAGUCAGAUGCUACAUCGAGCAGCGCUUGCCCCCUUCGCAGUCACGAUGUGUGUUCUCGUUCUGCAAGAAGACGUUUGAGGGCGCGAAGAACUGGGACGAGAGGCUUGAACACGUAGGGAGACAUUUGGAGGGGAUGUCGAAGGGAAAGGAGGGGAAUGAGAAAGAUGGAAUGCGGCCGGAGGAGAUGUGGGUUGAGGAUCAGGAGUUGAGGAGGUGGCUAGAAGACGAGGGGUUGAUUGAGGGGGAUGGUAAGGGGGGGUGGAGGGUUGGUGAUGGGGUACCAGUCAGGGAUCAGGAUGGAAAUUGA